CUAGCGAAGCAACAACAGCAACGGGACACCGUCCCCGCGGCAGGCAGCAGUAUAACUCGACGCCACCCCCGCCCAGUCGCAGCAGCAGCCCAAGCCUAGAGACGGCAGACGACGCCGCGCCGCCGCCUUCCACCGCCGCCGCGGCGCUCCGUCCCAGGGUGUGAAUAUGUCAGCAAGCGCUCUGAAAGAUCUCAAUAUUUCUCAAUCAGCGGACCUGGAGAAAGGAAAGGACAAUUCUAUGAAAUCCUGCAUCAGCAAGCCUGUGUUGAAUGGCAGCAAAUGUGCCAACAAGGAAGAAAAUUCUCUGUCUACUUGCCCUGAUGCUGCGACUAAUGGAAAUGAGGCUGGAAAUGCAGAUGUAGAGUACAUUGAUUCUGAGAAUCUAGUAGAUCUCCCAGAUGUUGAUGCAACCCUCAGUACCUUAGUUAAAAGGUUGGAUUCUAAGGACUGGGUUAUGACAUGUGAAGCCCUCAACAAUGUUCGUCAAUUGGCGAUAUAUCACAAGGAAAGAUUGCAGGAGCUGCUGGAGCCUCUAGUUCCUCUUAUUGUGAAAUCUGUGAAGAAUCCAAGAAGUGCUGUCUGCAAAACAGCACUAAUGACUUGUUCUGACAUCUUUAAGGCCUAUGGUGACCUGAUUGUCGACUCAAUUGAUCCACUGCUAGUACAGUUGUUUCUAAAAGCUUCACAAGAUAAACGCUUUGUCUGUGAAGCUGCUGAGGCCGCUCUUAUAUCAAUGACAAGUUGGAUCUCCCCUUCAGUAUUGUUACCGAGAAUGCAGCCCUACCUCAAGAACAGGAAUCCACGUAUUCGGGCAAAAGCAUCAGUGUGUUUCAGCAAGAGUGUACCUCGCCUCGAUGUGGAGGGAAUCAAAGAGUAUGGAAUGGAUAAGCUCAUCCAGAUUGCGGCAACCCAACUUAGUGACCAGCUUCCAGAAUCAAGGGAAGCUGCUCGCAACCUGGCACUGGAACUACAAGUUUUCUAUGAGAAGUCUCAGGCCUCGACUUCUGGCGAAAAUGAAGGCGAACCUUCUGCCUCAUCGGAUGCUGAAUCAUGGGAAGCUUUCUGCCAGUCCAAGCUUUCUGCCUUAAGCGCCCAAGCCAUCCUCCGUGUCACCUCUACUACUCCAAAAGAGGGCGUCACUGCAGGUGUCACCUCUGCUCCAAAAGAAGGCGUGGCUGUGGGUUGCUAGCACAAGAGUUAGUAGAUGCAAUGAGAUUGGGAUUUUCCAUCCAGAUCACCUUUUUUGCUGUACAUGUUUAUGGUUGGUCCUUCAUUACAUCCAGUCGGGAAUUCGUUGAUCAUCGGUUCGAGUGUUCAGGUGUGGACCCGCGGUGUUAAUAUCAGUGCGAGAUAUAAUCGGUUAUAGUUGACUGUAUAAUCAUUUCGUUCCACUACUUGGUAUUGAUUGGUCGGUGAAUGUAGAAUUUCUUCCACGGUUCAAUGUUACACGGUCCUUUUCCCCCACCUGUCUGGUUCUGGUUCAGUUAUUUUGAAGGGAAAGUGGCUUUCUUGUGUUGCUGUUA